AUGGACGACGAAAAAUUUGAAGAGGAUGAGAAAAAAGCAUUGGAAGGCCUUAGCAAUGCGCCAAUUACACCGCGUAAAAAAGUACAUUCAUACAGCCAUCAGCUUAGGACCAAUACAGGAACUCACCAUAAACGUUACCAUCAGUUUCGUCAUCACAGCUUUGAUAUUCCAACUAAUUUCAUAGAUAACAAUAAUAAUAAUGAUCAUCAUGGGUUAAUCUAUAACGAUGAGGAUUCUUCUGAUGACGAAGAUUUUUAUCCUUAUUCUACUUAUAGUAAUGCUAGUAUUACUACUACAGCUGCAGGUGCAGGGCAAGUGUUUGAUGCAGGUAAUUUUGGGCCAGCUGUCGCGGAGGAUGAGGGUAUUGAUCAACAGCGGCCGUUGCCGGAGUUUGUUGGAGGUGGUGGUGGAGUUGGGAUCUUUAAAGUACCAACUCGUGCCUCUGUACAUCCAUCACGUCCGUCUUGUCAUGAGCUCAGGCCACAUCCCCUUAGGGAAACUCAAGUUGGAAAAUUUUUGAGGACCAUUGCCUGUACAGAGACACAAUUAUGGGCUGGACUUGAAUGUGGUAUAAGAGUAUGGAAUUUUUCAGAUCAGUAUAAGUCAGGAAUGGGAAUUGGUGAAAGGGCAAGGAGAGGAGAUGAGGAUGCUGCGCCAUUUCACGAGUCAACAAGUACAUCACCCACAUUAUGCUUGAUGGUUGAUAGUGGGAGUAGGUUGAUCUGGAGUGGACACAAAGAUGGCAAAAUUAGGUCUUGGAAGAUGGACCAAUCAAGUGAAUCUACUUUCAAGGAAGGCCUCUCCUGGCAGGCUCAUCGUGGUUCUGUUCUUUCCAUGGUCAUGUCUUCUUAUGGUGAUAUAUGGUCAGGGUCCGAGGGUGGUAACAUUAGGGUUUGGCUAUGGGAAUCUAUUGAUAAAUCUCUCUCUUUAUCACCUGAAGAAAGACACAUGGCUGCUUUACUUGUGGAACGGUCAAUUGUUGACCUUAAGAGCCAAGUUACAGUUAAUGGUGUUUGUAACAUCUCAUCUUCUGAUGUGAAGUGUUUGUUAUCUGAUCAUGUAAGAGCAAAAGUGUGGGCAGCUGGAUCAGCAUCCUUCUCAUUAUGGGAUGCACGGACAAGGGAACUCCUUAAAGUUUACAAUGCAGAAGGUCAAAUUGAAAACCGGGGUGACAUGUCAUCAGUGCAAGACCAAGCAACGGAGGAUGAGAUGAAUGCCAAGGUUGCAACCAAACCUAAAAAGGAAAAGUCACAAGGAAGUAGCUUUUUGCAGAGGUCACGUAAUGCUAUAAUGGGAGCUGCAGAAGCUGUCCGUCGGGUUGCUUCAAAGGGGGCAGGAGCAUUUGCAGAAGAUAGUAAAAAAACAGAAGCCCUUGUGCUUGCAGCCGAUGGAAUGAUUUGGAGUGGGUGUUCAAAUGGUUUACUUGUGCAUUGGGAUGGAAAUGGCAACCGUUUGCAAGAUUUUCAUCACCAUCCUUGUGCUGUUUUAAGCUUAUGUACUCAUGGUUCUCGGAUAUGGGUUGGCUACAUAAGUGGGAUGGUACAGAUGCUGGAUCUUGAAGGAAACUUGCUAGUUGGCUGGGUUGCUCACAAUGGGCCUGUAGUAAAAAUGGUAGUUGGGGAUAACUAUCUUUUCAGCUUGGCUACUCACGGUGGUAUACGUGGAUGGAGUCUUGCCUCUCCAGGACCUAUUGAUAACAUAAUACGGCCAGAGUUAGCUGAGAAAGAACAUUUGUACACUAGAAAAGAAGAUUUCAGGAUUUUAGUUGGCACCUGGAAUGUCGGUCAGGGAAGAGUUUCACAGGAAGCACUAGCAGCUUGGCUUGGUUCCACAGUUUCAGAUGUUGGAAUAGUAGUGGUUGGGUUGCAAGAAGUAGAAAUGGGAGCAGGUUUUCUUGCAAUGUCUGCUGCAAAAGAAAGUGUAGGACUGGAAGGAAGUGCUAUGGGGCAAUGGUGGCAGGAUGCCAUAGGUAAGGCAUUGGAUGAAGGAUCAACUUUCGAACGUGUAGGAUCAAGGCAACUAGCUGCAUUGCUUAUUGCUAUCUGGGUGAGGAAAAGUCUCAGAAAUCAUGUUGGAGACCUUGACGUUGGAGCAGUUGCAUGUGGUUUAGGACGUGCAAUUGGUAACAAGGGUGGAGUUGGUCUGAGGUUAAGAGUAUUUGAUCGAAUAAUGUGCUUUGUGAACUGUCACUUGGCUGCCCAUUUGGAAGCAAUCACGCGUCGCAAUGCUGAUUUUGACCAUAUAUAUCGAACAAUGUCCUUCACUCGGUCUUCUAACCUUCUUAACAAUGCUUCUGUUGGCGUCUCAUCUGCUGCUCAAGUGCUUCGUGGUACAAAUGCUGCAGCAAUUAAUCCUGAUGAGGGAAAGCCUGAUCUUGCUGAAGCUGACAUGGUGAUUUUCUUUGGUGAUUUCAAUUAUCGUCUUUUUGGGAUAUCUUAUGAUGAAGCAAGGGACUUUGUUUCUCAAAGAAGCUUUGAUUGGCUUCGAGAGAGAGAUCAAUUAAGAGCAGAAAUGAAAACUGGUAAAGUUUUCCAAGGAAUGCGUGAAGCAAUCAUCAAAUUUCCUCCAACUUACAAGUUUGAAAGGGGGAAACCAGGAUUAGGAGGAUAUGAUUCUGGAGAGAAGAAACGAAUUCCAGCUUGGUGUGAUCGAGUAUUGUAUCGAGACAGUCGGACAAGCCCUACAGUGGAAUGCAGUUUAGGGUGUCCUGUCGUUGCCUCUAUUAUUCAGUAUGAGGGUUGCAUGGAAGUAACAGAAAGUGAUCAUAAGCCUGUAAGGUGCAAGUUUAAUAUUGAACUUGCUCAUAUUGAUAGAUCAGUAAGGAGACAAGAGUUUGGGAAGGUUUUCCAGAACAAUGAUAGAAUCAGGUCUGUACUGAACGAACUACGUUAUGUCCCAGAGACAAAUAUUAGCACCAGCCAAAUUGUUCUACAGAAUAAUGACACAUUCAGCUUACAAAUUUCCAACAAAAGCAGAGAAGACAGAGUUCUCUUCCAGAUCACCUGUAGUGGUCAGUCUACCACCAAAGAGGAUAGGCAAGCAUCAGAGUAUCAUCCCAGAGGUUCCCUUGGUUUUCCCAGAUGGCUUGAGGUCACACCUGCUGCUGGCAUCAUCAAACCUGAUCAAGCUGCUGAGAUCUUAGUUCAACAUGAGGAUAGCCAGUCAUUAGAAGAUUCUGUUGAUGGCACUCCGCUAAGUCGGUGGUCUGAGGAUACAAUAAACAAGGAGGUGACUUUGAUGAUCUUUAUUAAAGCCAGUCAGUCAACUGAGGCAAGAACAUAUCAGGUACAUGUGCGCCACAGCUUCUCAGCAGAUGCACUUAGCGUUAAUUCAAAAAACAGUGGAAGGAGUAAUGAAGGAAGCUCCCAUCAUAGGUCCACACUCAAACAUGCUGGGAGUACCUCGAAUAAGAAGAAAGACCAUCAAAACAUUCGGGUUCCUUGAUAGCUACAUGAAAACCUAAGAAUCUACAAACACAACUGCAGCACCACGGGGUUCCAACUAGUUGGAUUUUCUCAGCUGUCGAAACUUGAUAGGAUCUCGAUGUAAAUAAUCAUAUACAAAUAGUACAAAAGCUCGAAUACCAGCUCAGAAAAUAUUGGUAAAAGCUGUGAGAUUUGCUCAUCCAUUUUUUGUGAGAAUCAGGUCCUAAAUACUGUUUACAUUAAUACUCUUUUGGACUGAAGAUUUAUGACCAAUUUUGCAUAGUGAUCACUGGAAGGCUAU